AUGACGACACAGCAAGCAGAACCAGGUGAUCACCAGCUUAGUUUCAAGUUUGUUCUUGUUGGAGAUUCCGCGGUCGGCAAAACAGCAAUGUGCAAAAUGUUUUGUGAAAAGAAAUUUAAUGAAAAUCAACCACAAACAAUCGGUUUAGAAUUUGGAACCCGCAUUGUUCAAGUAGAAAAUGUUAGAGUUAAACUUCAGAUUUGGGAUACAGCAGGACAAGAGCGUUUUUACUCAAUUACUCGUGCAUAUUUCCGUUCAUCAGCCGCUGUUUUCUUAGUUUACGAUGUUACAAAUCGUGAUUCAUUCUCUCGUUUAGGACAAUGGGUUGAGGAUGCAAUGCAACUUUCUCCUCCUACAGCUAUUAAAGUACUUGUUGGAAAUAAGACAGAUCUUGCCCAAAAUAGAGCAGUUUCAACAGCUGAAGCUCAAGACUUUGCUACACAGCACGGACUUAAGUUCUUUGAAACAUCAGCUUUAUCUGGUGAUUAUAUCGAUGAUGCUUUCAUCAAAACAGCUCAAGAUGUGUAUAAACAAAUUCUUGCAGGAACAAUUGAACUUAAUAAUCCUUCAAGUGGAGCUAGAUCACCGGUUAGUGGUGAUAAGCCUCUUACAAUCGGUCCAAAUACUAAUCAAAACGAAGGAUGUGGCUGCUAA